AUGAUGCCUUGUUUGGGAAAAAUGAUUAUAAAAAGUUGUCCUAAGUUGACAAAAGUGCCGUGCCUCGCAUCUGUUCAUCAUUUGGAGCUGGAAAACUGUAAUGAAAUGCUAUUGGGUUCAGCAGCUAAUUUUCCAUCGCUUACCAGUCUUGUAAUUCAUUUGUUUCCGGAGCUCACGUAUCUACCAGAAGGAAUGCUUAUAAAUAAGUCUGUUCUCACGUCUCUUGUGAUUAGCAGUUGCCCCAAGCUUUUGUACCUACCUGAUGAGUUUAUUCACCUUGUAUCCCUAAAAUCAUUGGUGUUUCGUCGAUGUAAUAGUUUAUCAUCUUGCCCACCAGAACUGCAGAGCCUUUCUUCCUUGACAUCCUUGGAGAUUUGUGAUGUCCAAAAAUGCCUACUUUGCAAGAAGAAAUCAGAGGUUUGA